AUGUCACAACCAACUUUUUAUUAUUUUAACGGAAGAGGAAAGGGAGAAGUAGUACGUCUCUUGUUAACCUUUGCAGGUGUCUCAUUCAAGGAUGUUAGAGUAGAGAAUAUUGAUGAUGCCCUUAGAGCUCGUCUCCCAUUUGGUCAAAUUCCAUUCUUUGAAGACAAUGAAAUCGAAUUGGCUCAAUCCGGAUCAAUCAUUAGAUACGUCGCUCAAAAGUACAAGAUUGCUGGUGACAAUAAUGUAGAUAUUGCCCAUGGUGAUGCCAUCAUUGAAUCAAUCUGGGAUGUCUUGACUCCAUACUGGCAAACAAAGGACAACGAAGAAAAGUUCAACAAGUACAAGACUGAAACUAUUCCAAAGUUUUUAACCAGAUGGGAAGAAUUACUCUUGAAAAAUGGUGGUAAACAAUUUGUUGGAAAAUCAUUAACAUCAGCUGAUAUUGCAGUCUUCCAUGCCAUUGAUCAUUUGAAUUUCUUAAAGGUAUACCAACUUGAAACCACCAAGUACCCAACUCUUUCUGCUCUCUAUACUACUGUUUCUGAAGUACCAGCUUUGAAGACUUAUUUGGCUGCCAGAGCUACUGAUUCAAAGUUUUAA